AUGUGAGUUAAAUUGAAUGAAUUCAAUUGAAUCAGAUAUAUAAUUUUUUUAAAUCUAAAUAAAAUAUUUUAAAAAAUCUAUCUAAAGUAUUUUUGUCGAAACAUUCACUUGACAAUCAGUUCUGUAUUUUAGAGUUUUAAAGAAAGUUUAGUAAAAUCACAUUAAUAUAAUGGACACGUACGAAAGUGUGUUGCUUGUUAAAAAUGAAGUUUUUGUCUUUAAAAUACCUCCAAAAACAACGAACCGAGGAUACAGGGCAGCUGAUUGGAAUUUACAAGAGCCACAAUGGACGGGGCGUAUGCGUUUAGUUGCGAAAGGAGACGAGUUAAUAAUGAAGCUGGAAGAUAAGGCAUCUGGCGAAUUAUUUGCGAAAUGUCCAAUUGAUAAAUAUCCUGGUCUUGCACUUGAGGCUGUCACGGACAGUUCACGAUAUUUUGUUGUCAGAAUACAGGAUGAUAAUGGAAGAAGUGCCUACAUCGGUCUUGGUUUUGGUGAUCGGUCAGAUUCUUUUGACUUAAAUGUAUCACUGCAAGAUCACUUUAAAUAUAUAAAAAAAGGUCAAGAGACUGAUGAAGGAUCUCAACAACAACUAGACUUAAGUUUCAAAGAAGGUGAAACUAUUAAGAUAAAUAUGAAGAUAACGAAAAAGGAUGGUAGUGAGGCUAGUAGGCCACGGCGCACAGGUGGCGGGGCUGUAGGGCUACUACCACCUCCUCCAGGUGGCUCCAAACUCCCACCACCGCCCUCACCCCAACAUGUGCCAACGCCAGCAACUGCUAGUACAGAAUGGGGAGACUUUAACUCAGCUGGAGCCACAAGCCAAAAGCCAACAACACCCGCUAAUCAACAGAACUGGGUACAAUUUUGAAAAUGUCUAUUUGUGAAAUUUUAUGUUGAUUUCUGUAAUGUAUAUAGUUGCAAUGCACAAUACUUACGUAAAUUACUUAAUAUAUUUUAAGACAGUUAGCCAGUUAGUUUGCAAAAUCAGGUAAUUCUCUCAAGCAAUAACAUAAUUUAGUCUGAAACUUAACCAUAUUAUUCAUAAAAAGCCUCAUUAAAAGUAUACUUUGUCACCUUCAUUAGGAAUUAAAUUACAUUACUAGCCAAAAUUCUGUGAAUAUAGGCUUUUUCUUUCAUAUAAACUUGUUUUCUUUUCUCAAGAAUAUUACAGUAGUAUUUUAUUUUAAGCCUAUUGUUUUUUUUUAAUUGAUUACUCUAAACUCAUAUCGAUGCAUUGUUCAAAUAAACUUUUUUGAUAUUGGCAGAGAUACGGGAUCUAGAAAAAAACCAAACUCAUUAUUUGUGUAAGUUGAAGAUUUUUAAAUAUUGUCUGUAGAGCUGUUUAACAUGUGUUGUAGAAUCUAUGCACCAUGACAGCUAUUUGAAUCAUAUUUUAAGUUUAAUUAACUUUGAGUACCGAAUUUACUUAAAAUAUAUUCUGACCUGAAUAGUUUGUAAUAAUUUGUUUAAAAUAUAAUAGAAAUGGACUUGCCAAAUUUGACAGUUAUGUUUGUAAAAUAUAAACGUUCUAUAAAGAAGUAAAUUUAAAAAGGUAUUCUUAUUUAAACAGGUUGCUUUUACACUUCAAAUAAAAACGGGUAUCUUUAAAAUAAUAUAAAUUCAGACAAAAUCUCAUAUUGUGCUUUUAACCAAAUUAAAAAAAACCGAUGGUUGUUCGAACGGUAUAUUUUUUAGCUACAAUAAAAUAUAUCUUUAUUGUUACAUGAGACACAUCGCACAUUAGCUAUGCUAAAAACAAAAUUGCGCCAUUUUCCUCCUUCUGGAAUGAUAGUUGACGUUGACAGAUGACAGUUAGCUGAUUGAUGUUCUUUCAGGUGUUCACGUGAAUUUAUUUUGUUUAAAGAAGUCGUGAGUUGGGUUGGGACGUAAUAAGUUUGCAUGUCACACGUAUUAUUGCGAAGUGUGGAAGUAAUAUAUUUAAUUUGUAGCUGUUAGGUAUGUUAGGUUUAAUUUUGUGUACAUAUGUACCUAUAAAAAUGAAUCUGUAUAUUAUGUAUUACUUAUAAUUUAACCACAACGUAUUCCCGGCUAAUGUGUGACUAUUUUUUUGUUCAAGUUAAAUUACUUAAAGUUAUACCUGAAAUAUAAAUAUACGGUUUCAAUAUAAAUCUGUUUAGAAUAUUCAAAUUAUAAUGUAAGUAGUUUGCGUAGAAUUUUCAGUAGUAUUUAAUAGAAUGUUGCUAAUCAUGAGAUAUCACUUAGGUGAAAUAAACUAUGUAUAAACAAUCUUUAUUUUCAUACAUAAAGAAUUUGAUGUUCUACGAAAUGUUUGAUGGUGUACAAAAUAAAUGAUCAGUUAUAC